AUGCGUAGUCGCUCGGAUCAAGAGAUUCCCCGACGCCCUCUCACUCCAUCAUAUCUACCUUCGCCGCCCAUCUUCCCCGGCAUCCCGAGGGACAGCUCGCCCGCUCGCCCCAUCACCCCACUUGCGCCGAUUCCCCUCCCGCCGACGCCGCUCUCCUCGACCCCCGUCAACAUGAGCCUCAGCCCACGCCUCAGCCACCGCGUUGACAGCGCUUUGGCGGCGACCCCCACUGCCGCCGAGAGCGACCUGGUCAUCGGUGUGCGCGUCACCCGCGCUAUCCAGGGGUACUUUAAACGCCUCCUCGCUGCCAUUCGCGAAGGCGGCGAGUUCGACGAACUUUGGUCCCUGGAUUCUCCGGGCGCCCAUGUGCCAGUACUCCCCCUAGAUGUCGGGGUCUCUUCGCCGCGUGGUGCUACGUCCCCUUAG